GGAAAGACUGGAGGCGGCUCACUGCCCCACAGGUGUCCUCUGGGCACAGCAGCCGGCCGGUCCCUAGGGCCGCCCCGCCCGCAGUGCGCACCACGGAGGAUGAGGCCUGAGCGUGAGCCUGCGUGGCCACGUGACGGCUGCUAUAAGAGCAGCAGGCUGCGGACUCCGGCCCUCCUCGCCGGCCGCGGUCCUUUCUCGGCGCCCAGCUCUUCUGACCUACCCGGCCGCAGUAUGACAGAUCAGGCCUUUGUGACGCUGACUACAAAUGAUGCCUAUGCCAAAGGUGCACUGGUCCUAGGCUCAUCUUUGAAACAGCAAAGGACUACCAGAAGGAUGGUUGUACUCACCACCCCACAGGUCUCAGAGUCCAUGAGAAAAGUUUUAGAGACUAUCUUUGAUGAAGUCAUCAUGGUAGAUGUCUUAGACAGUGGCGAUUCUGCUCAUCUAACUUUAAUGAAGAGGCCUGAGUUGGGCAUCACAUUGACGAAACUCCACUGCUGGUCACUUAUUCAGUAUUCCAAAUGUGUGUUCAUGGAUGCAGAUACUCUGGUCCUCUCAAAUAUUGAUGAUCUUUUUGAAAGAGAAGAAUUGUCAGCAGCACCAGAUCCAGGGUGGCCUGACUGCUUCAAUUCUGGAGUCUUUGUCUAUCAACCCUCAAUUGAAACAUAUAAACAGCUGUUGCACCUUGCUUCUGAGCAAGGUAGUUUUGAUGGUGGGGACCAGGGUCUACUAAAUACAUAUUUUAGUGGCUGGGCAACAACAGAUAUCAGGAAACACCUGCCAUUUGUGUAUAACCUGAGCAGCAUUUCAAUAUACUCCUACCUCCCGGCGUUUAAAGUGUUUGGUGGAAAUGCCAAAGUUGUGCACUUCUUGGGACGAAUCAAGCCAUGGAAUUACAAUUACAGUCCCCAAACAAAAAGUGUCCAAUGUGAAUGUCAAGACCCAACUGUGAGUCAUCCAGAAUUUCUGAACCUGUGGUGGGACAUCUUCACCACCAGUGUUUUACCCCUGCUCCAACACUAUGGCCUUGUCAAAGAUACCUGCUCCUAUCUAAUGAUGCUUUCAGACUUGGUCUAUACACUGGCUUUCUCUUGUGGCUUCUGUAGAAAGGAACAUGUUUCAGGAGCUUUGUCACACCUGUCCAUUGGGGAGGCCCCAGCUACACCACAGCCUUCUAUGUCCUCAGAAGAAAGGAAGGAGCGGUGGGAACAGGGCCAGGCUGAUUACAUGGGAGCAGAUUCUUUUGAAAACAUCAAGAAAAAACUUGACACUUAUCUACAAUAGAAGCACUGCCAUUUCCCUGUGGACACAUCCACGCCUUAGGCAUAUUUCUGAUACUUAGUAUGUGAAGCUGUUUGAAAAGUCUGUUACAGUUGUUAGAGGCUUUCACUAAACCUCAUCAGAUGAGGGUUUGGCCAGAACAAAAGGUGAGAACUAGUCAGACAUUAUAAAUUAGCAAUUCUGUUAUAUGGAUAAGUGCUCUGUUUAACCCUAAACUUUUUCAGAAACUCUUAAUUUUUCAAUUGCCAACAUGUGUGGUAAAGGAAAGCCAACAUUAAGCUACUGAGAUGGUUCCCUCAAGUGGUGCAGAACUUGACUCUCCAUCUAUCUCACUUUAAAAUAAGAUAUGACAUUGUCCCAUAUUUGUUUGUUGUACCCUUCGCUGGACUUGCAAUUUAGAAUUGCCCAAAGACUGUCAGAGAGUUAAUUCCAUUUCCAGGCUAGCAGCCUUAAUUAACACUGUUAGGUGACUCAUAAGCCUACCAGCUAGUGUUAGUUCACCAGUUUUCUAUGCACCAUGAAGGCAGCAUGCAGACUUACUUUUUUUUUUUUUUUUUUUUUAGUUCUGUCUACUUGAAAAUUGCAGUGUGCUCUGAUGGUUACCUGUGGUAGCACCGUAUGUAACAAAUAAAGACUUAUUGACAUAU